AACUUGUGGAAUUAAAACAAACUACAGAGAAUCAAAUCAAAAUAAACAGUCGAGUUUAAUAUUUUAAAUAAGUAUUUGCAGAAUUUCUGCUUUAGAUCUCAAUGACCAACUUUAAUACGAAACGAUAGGCUGAUGAAAAAAUUACAGGCUCAAAAUGAAUAUCUAAGGAAUCAGUUGUCAGAAUACCGAGAAAAUUGUAACAGAAAUCCGAAUGAUUACUUAUCUUCAAGUAUUAGUCAAUUAACUACCGAUGUCACUACUUUAAAAGCUAAGCUAAAAGAAAUGGAACAGUUGAAAAAUUCUAUGGAUGAAAGUUACAAAGAGACUGUACAAGAAUAUCAUUUCACAGUAGUAGAACAAUUCACUGAAUUAAAACAACAGUUGGACGAGUCUCGAUUGAAAAGCGAGGCUCUGGACCAUAGUAUAGUUCUAAUGGCUAAAAAGUUGGAACAAAUCAGCUAUGGUAAGGUAAGAAAUAGAAUCUUUAUUUGUAAAAUGAGAAUUAUAUGGCAUAUUUUGAAGGAUGAGCAAAGUAAAAUAAUGGAACAACAAUGGAUAGAUAAAAUAAAGACGAUAUGUGAACGAUUUGAUUCGUUUACAAAAGAGAAGAAUAAAGAAUUACAACUAAAGCAGGAUUUACUUGAAAAGAAGGACACAGAAUUAUCAAAAAAGGAUGUAAGAAGAAGGGAAGAAAUUGAAUUACUAAUUAAUAAAAUACACAAUUUAGAAACGAAAUUGGAAAUGAAAAUUAGAGAUGAAGAUAAAUUACAAAAAAUAAUAAACGAGCAAUAUACCGUAAUGAGGGAAGAGUUAAAUAAAAUGAGAAUUGAAAUGGAUAAUGAAACUCAGAAACAAAAUCAAAAUUUAACGUCUCAAGUUUCUGUUUUGAAAAAGGCUAUUGUAAAAUUAGCAAAAUCGAAAGAGAAACUCGAAUACAAUUAUGAAAAGAAGUUGUCGCACAUAAUCAAGAAUAAAGAUACGGAAAUCAAAUUCUUGCAUUUACAACUGCAAAAACAAAAGAACGAAUUGUACACAUCUCUUAGUACAGAAAAGCAAAAUGAAAUGGAUAAUAUAGCCUCUGCGUUAGAGAAGCGAUACAAAGCGCUUUUGGCAGAAACAGAAGCAAUGUCAGAAACUAAAACUCAGGAGUAUCUCAUGAGAAUAGCUAUUCUUGAAGAUCAGAUACUUAAUAUGAAGAAAUUUGAGUCGAGCUUAUAAAAUAGUAAAUCUCGUGGUAGUUUAUAGGUACAAUUAUAUUAUAAUUAUAUUACUGUAUAUUAUAUAUAUGUUUAUUCUUAAUAAAGGGUACAAAACAAUGUAA